AUGAGAUGUAAUAUUUAUUCGCUGCUAAAAUGGCAAUUAUUGUACUGUACUUUCUCCUCGUGGAAUCUAGUGCUUGGGCAGAUUCGUUACACGAUUCCUGAAGAGCUGCGGCUGGGUGCCUUUGUUGGAAAUAUCGCAGAGGAUUUGGGCUUAGAUGUAAAACAACUCUCAGCUCGCAGUUUUCGGCUUGUACCCGGUCCCAGAAAACAGUACGUGGAUAUCAAUUUGGACACUGGUAUUUUAUUCGUGAAGGAAAAAAUUGACAGAGAAGAGAUUUGCGGCCCGACCCUGAGUUGUGUUUUAUCGUUGGGCGGUUUGCUUGAAAACCCUUUAAAGCUCUACAAGGUUAUAGUAGAGAUUCUCGAUGUAAAUGACAAUGCUCCCUCUUUUCCAAAGAGACAAUUCCACCUACAAAUAUCCGAGCGUUCUAUUCCGGGAAUGCACUUUCCCCUCGAGACGGCGCACGAUUUGGACGUUGGAACUAACUCCGUGCAAAAAUACGAACUGGUUCCCAACAAUUAUUUUGUUCUCGACGUUGGGACAGGCGAAGGAAAAUUGCCCGUAUUGGUGCUACAGAAUUCGUUGGAUAGAGAAAAGGAUUCCAGCCACAGCUUAACGUUGAUAGCCAAGGACGGCGGGAUCCCUGUGAGAUCGGGUACAGUUCAGAUCAUAAUCAUUGUAAAGGAUACAAACGACAACGCUCCUAUCUUCUUCCAGACGGAAUAUCGAGUCAGCUUAUUAGAAACUGCACCAAUAGGGACGCAAGUAAUCAUACUAAAUGCUACCGACUCGGAUGAUGGUCUAAAUGGAGAGAUUAGCUAUUCACUUAGCAGCCACACUUCAGCUCCAGCUCGGGAAAUGUUUAGAGUGGAUGCCAAGACUGGCGAAAUACUAGUUAAAGGCAAGUUGGACUAUGAAGAAAGCAAUAACUUUGAGCUUAGCAUACAAGCCAGUGACGGGGGAUCAGACUCAAUGUCAGGGCAUUGCGUAGUUCUGGUGAAUAUUAUUGAUGUGAAUGAUAACCCUCCUGACGUGACGUUGACAUCUUUAUCUCGCACAGUUUCAGAAGAUGUUGCACUUGGGUCCGUGGUCGCUCUUUUCAGCGCCGCAGAUAAAGACUCGGGGAGAAACGGGCAGGUGCAAUGUCAAAUUUCAAAUGAAUUACCCUUCCGACUCGAUUCUUCUCUGGAAAACUUUUAUGGAAUACUUGUUCAUCAGGCACUAGACCGGGAAAACGUCUCCAACUAUGGUAUUACAAUAACAUGCACGGAUGCCGGAAAUCCUCCACUUACGUCGGAAAAAACCGUUCGAGUAGACGUUUCAGAUAUAAAUGAUAAUGCCCCACUGUUCACACAGUCUUUAUAUACCGCACAUGUCAAGGAGAACAAUACUAUUGGCGUUUCUAUUUUUUCCAUCACAGCCUUUGAUCCAGAUAUUGGACUGAACGCUCAACUGACAUACUCUAUCUUGGAAACUCAAGUUUUGAACGCUUCGGUAUCCACUUACGUGACUGUUAACUCGAAAACCGGUGUCAUAUUUGCACAGAGGUCUUUCGACUACGAGAAAUUGAAAAACUUCCAGAUCCAAGUUCAGGUCGUGGACUCUGGGACACCACCACUCACAAGUAAUGUUUCGGUAAAUAUUAUAAUCCUUGAUCACAAUGACAAUGCUCCGGUCAUUGUACAACCAUUAGCCCAAUUUGGAUCAACAGCAGUCGAGACAUUAUCCAGGUUUGCAGAACCAGGUUGCUUGGUUGCCAAGAUAUCAGCCACUGACUCUGAUGCUGGUCAAAACGCUCGAAUCACUUAUUUGAUUUUUCAGGCUACCCAGCAUAACCUUUUUACUAUUUCACCAGACACUGGCCAGAUUUGGACAAUACGUCGUAUCGCGAAUACUGAUGCCUCCAAGCAAAGAUUAGUGAUUAUUGCAAAAGAUAAUGGACAACCAUCACUUUCUGCCACAGUGACCAUCAUCUUAUCCGUGGUUGGUGGCGAUACUGCAACAUUCUCCAGCGUCAGCGGUUCAUUUGAAGAUCCUACAUUUACUCCUGAGCUGGGCCUUUCCUUGGUCAUCGUAUUUGGAGGAAUUUCUAUCAUAUUUCUCGUGGUUUUAAUUAUUCUCGCUGUGAUGAUUCAUAGAAGCAGAAAUAUUACGAAUAGUCAGCACUGUUCCCUAAGACUCUGUUGUUGUGCAGAAACAAGGCAUUCUUUUAACGGAAUUCAAAAAGCCAGUAGAAAUCUCCAGAUACCCCCGAACUACGUCGAGGUGUUCGGUGGUGAUCCACUUUCUCAGAGGUUCCGCUAUGAGUCAUGUUCAACAUUGCAGUCAACAAAGGGAGAAAUCAUUCACCCCAACAUUUGCAGAUCAUAUACAGACAGCAAUUAUGUCCGAAAUGAGACUAUCAGGAAAGAAAACACACGAGCAGUUAAUUCUGAAAAUUGCAGCAACACGUUAAAGAAUAAGGGACAUAUUCCGAAACAACGGGAAUGUAUGACGCUGGAAAUGAGAUAUAAAAUAUUUUGGUUUCUAACAUGCCGAUUGUUCUACUGUGUAUUCUCCGCGUGGAAUCUAGCGCUCGGGCAGGUUCGUUACUCGAUUCCUGAAGAACUGCAACUCGGCGCCUUUGUGGGGAAUAUCGCUGAGGAUUUGGGUAUAGAUAUAAAGCAACUCUCGGCUCGUAGUUUUCGAAUUGUGUCCGGGCCCUGGAAACAAUACGUGGACAUAGGCUUGGACACUGGCAUUUUAUUUGUGAAGGAAAAAAUUGACAGAGAAGAGAUUUGCGGGCCAGUUUUGAGUUGCGUUUUAUCCGUGAACGGUUUGCUUCAAAACCCCUUAAAGCUGUACCCGGUUGAAGUGGAGGUCCUUGAUUUAAAUGACAACGCUCCCAGUUUUCCAAAGAGACAAUUACACCUUGAAAUUUCAGAGCUUUCUUCUACUGGAACGCGCUUUCUCCUCGAGUCAGCGUAUGAUGCGGACGUUGGAACCAACUCCGUGCAAUCCUACGAGCUCCUUUCUAACCAGCAUUUUAUUCUCGAUGUGCAGAUGCGCGAUGGAGUGGAAAAAUUACCAGUGUUGGUGCUGCAGAGUUCGUUGGAUAGAGAAAAGGAAUCUACCCACAGUUUGACACUGAUAGCCAAGGACGGUGGGGUCCCUGUCAGAUCAGGCACGGUUCAGGUUAUAAUCAUUGUAACGGAUGCAAACGACAACGUCCCUGCCUGUUCCCAGUCAGUUUAUCGAGUCAGUAUAUUAGAAGAUGCACCCAAAGGAACGCACGUAAUCGCAUUAAAUGCCACUGACCCAGAUGAUGGUCACAAUGGAGAGAUAACUUACUCGAUCAGUAUGCACAAUACCAUCAAAGUUCGAGAAUUGUUUAGCGUGGAUUCUAAAACUGGUGAAAUCAGAGUGAAAGGGAAAUUGGACUAUGAAGAAAACAAAGCCUUUAGUAUUAAUGUUCAAGCAACAGACAGGGGUCCUCACACUAUGGCGGGGCACUGUGAUGUGUUGGUGAACAUUGUUGACGUGAAUGACAACGCACCUGAGGUGACGUUGACGUCUUUGUCUGGCGCUAUUUCAGAAGACGCUCCUAUUGGGACUGUGGUCGCUCUGUUCAAUGCAGCGGAUAAAGAUUCUGGGAGAAACGGGCAGGUACAAUGCAAGAUUUCAAACAAACUACCCUUUAGACUAGAUUCGUCUUUGAAGAAUUAUUAUGGAUUGCUUGUUCAUUAUCCACUGGAUCGUGAAAAUAACUCCAAUUAUGACGUUACAAUAACGUGCACGGAUGCAGGAAAGCCACCCCUGACAUCGAGGGAAACCAUCCGGGUAGAGAUUUCUGACAUAAAUGACAACCCACCGAGAUUUUCGCAGCAUUUGUACACCACAAAUGUCAUGGAGAACAAUGCUAUUGGUGCUUCUAUAUUUUCCCUCACAGCGUUUGAUCCAGAUGUGGGACUGAACACUCAACUGAAAUACUCUAUCCUGGAGACUCAAGUCCUGAACGCGUCGGUAGCCACUUACAUCUCUAUUAACUCGGAGACAGGCGUCAUAUUCGCGCAGAGAUCUUUUGAUUACGAGAUACUGAAAAACUUUCAAAUUCAAGCUCAGGUUGUGGAUUCUGGGACACCGCCACUCGCAAGUAAUGUUUCGGUGAAUAUUAUUAUCCUUGAUCAGAAUGACAAUGUUCCAGUCAUAAUGCUGCCAUUAUUCGAAUUUGGAUCAACAGCAAUAGAGACAAUAUCCAGGUUUGCAGAACCAGGCUAUCUGGUUGCCAAGGUUUCGGCCACUGACGCAGAUGCUGGUCAGAAUGCUCAACUCUCUUAUUCCAUUUCUCAGGCUACCGAUCAUAACCUUUUUACUAUUUCAGCAGAUACUGGUGAGAUUUGGACUAUCCGUCCUAUUGUAAAUAAGGAUGCCUCUAGACAAAGGUUGGUGAUCAUUGUAAAAGAUAAUGGAAUGCCAUCACUUUCUGCCACAGUGACCAUCAUCUUUUCUGUGAUUGGUGGGGACAUUGAAACGUCUUCUGGGGUCCGUGGUUCAUCUGAAGUAUACAGGUUCAAUCCAGAUCUGAGCCUUUCCUUGGUCAUCGCAUUAGGAGUAACUUCAUUAAUAUUUCUUGUGAUUUUAACAGUCCUUGCUGUGAAGGUUCACAAAAACAGAAAUGGUUUGGACGAUCAGCACUGUUCCAUGGGAUUGUGUUGCCUUCAAAAAAGACAUUCUCUGAAUGGAAUUCAAACAGCUAGUAGAAACCUCCAAAUACGCCCCAACUAUGUUGAGAUAUUUGGAGGUGAUCCACUUUCUCAGCGUUUCCGCUAUGAGUCAUGCUCAACAUUGCAAUCAAUAAAGAGGGACUUCAGAACACCCAACACCUGCAGGCCAUCUCCAGACAAGCAUUCUGUCGGGAAUGAGUCUAUCAGGAAAGAAAGUAUGGGAAUCAUUAAUAUUGAAAAUUACAGCAACCCUGUAAACUAUGAGAAUGACAAUGUUCUCAUCAUUAUGCAGCCAGUAGCCGAGUUUGAGGCAACAGUAGUGGAGAGAAUAUCCAGAUUUGCAGAACUACACUCUGGUGGCCAAGUGCUUGGGCAGAUUCGUUACUCAAUUCCCGAAGAACUGCAGCUGGGCUCCUUUGUUGGGAAUAUCGCUGAGGAUUUGGGUUUAGACGUAAAGCAGCUCGCGGCUCGCAGUUUUCGGAUUGUACCCGGGCCCAGGAAACAAUAUUUGGGCAUAAGUUUAGACACUGGAAUUUUACUUGUGAAGGAUAAAAUUGACAGAGAAGAGAUUUGUGGCCCGAGCCUGAGCUGUGUUUUGUCAUUGAACGGUUUGCUCGAAAACCCAUUAAAGCUGUACCCGAUUGCAGUACAGAUCAUUGAUGUAAAUGACAAUGCUCCCAGUUUCCCAAAGAGACAAUUCCGCCUUGAAAUUUCAGAGCUUUCCACACCGGGAUCGCGUUUUCCCAUUGAACCUGCAUACGAUUCUGAUAUCGGAACUAACACCGUGCAAAUCUACGAGCUCCUUCCGAAUGAUUAUUUUAUUGUCGAAGUGCGCAGUAGUGAAGGAAAGAUGCCUGUACUGGUGCUGCAGGGGUCCUUGGAUAGAGAAUCCGAAUCCAGCCACAGGUUAACGCUGAUAGCCAAGGACGGCGGGGUGCCUGUGAGAUCGGGCGCUGUGCAGAUCUCAAUUAUCGUAAAGGACGCAAAUGACAACGCCCCUGUCUUUUCCCAGUCAUUAUACAGAGUCAGCCUAUUGGAGAAUACAGCCGCAGGUACACAGGUAAUCAAAUUAAAUGCCACUGAUUUGGACGAUGGUCUCAAUGGAGAGAUAAACUACUCGUUUGGUAGCCACACAUCAGCUAGAGUACGGGAGCUGUUUGGCGUGGAUUCCAAAACUGGUGAAAUGAGAGUGAGAGGGAAGUUGGACUAUGAAGCAGACAAGGUCUUUGAAAUUACUGUGCAGGCAAUAGACAGAGGUUCAGAGGCAAUGUCCGGGCACUGUGUAGUUUUCGUGAAUAUUAUUGACGUGAAUGAUAACCGACCUGAGGUGACUUUGACGUCUUUGUCGACUGCAGUAUCGGAAGCUGCGCCAAUUGGGACUGUAGUCGCUCUGUUCAGUACAGCAGAUCAAGAUUCGGGGCGAUAUGGGCAGGUGCAAUGUCAAAUUUCAAACAAACUGCCAUUUAAGCUGGAUCCCUCAUUGGAGAAUUAUUAUGGAAUACUUGUUCAAAAUCCACUCGAUCGUGAAAAUACCCCAUUGUAUGACGUUAGUAUCACAUGCUCGGAUGCAGGAAAUCCUCCUCUUACGUCGGAAAAAACCGUUCGAGUCGACGUUUCCGAUAUAAAUGACGAGGCCCCACGGUUCACGCAAUCUUUAUAUACCGCAAACGUCAUGGAGAACAACGUUAUUGGUGCUUCUAUAUUUUCUAUUACAGCCUUUGAUCGAGAUGUCGGACUAAACGCUCUGCUGAAAUAUACUAUCCUGGAGACUCAAGUUUACAACGUCUCAAUUUCUACCUACGUCUCGAUUAACUCGGAAACUGGUGUCAUAUUCGCUCAGCGAUCUUUUGAUUACGAGGAGCUCAAAAGCUUUCUGUUCCAAGCUCAGGUCGUGGACUCUGGGUCGCCGUCACUCGCAAGUAAUGCUUCAGUAAAACUUACUAUCCUUGAUCAGAAUGACAAUGUUCCAGUCAUUGUGCAGCCAUUAGCUGAAUUUGGGACAACAGCUGUAGAGACAAUUUCCAGAUUUGUAGAACCAGGUUCUUUGGUUGCUAAAGUAUCGGCCACUGACGCGGACGUUGGACAAAACGCUUACCUUUCAUAUUCGAUUUUGCAAUCAUCCAAUCCUAACCUUUUUACUAUUUCCCCAGGCACUGGGGAAAUUUGGACUAUACGUCGUAUUGAGAAAAAAGAUGCAACUAAGCAAAGUUUGCUGAUUGUUGUAAAAGAUAGUGGAACACCAUCACUUUCUGCCACAGUGACCAUCAUCUUAUCUUUGACAGGCAGUGACACUGAAGCAUUCUCCAGUGUCAGUGAUUCGUCUGAAGAACGUGUGUUCACUCCUGAAGUGAGCUUUUCCUUGGUUGUUGCAUUAGGUGCAAUGUCUAUCAUUUUUCUCAUGAUUUUAAUAAUCCUUGCCAUGAUGUUUCAUAAAAGCAGAAAAUCUUCAGUUGGUCAGCAAUGUUCCCUGGGGGUGUGUUGCUGUCUUGAAUCCAGGCAUUCCUUGAAUGGACUUCAAAUAAACAGUCAAAACCUUCAAAAACACCAGAACUAUGUUGAAGUAUUUGGUGGUGAUCCACUUUCUCAGAGAUUCCGCUAUGAGUCAUGCUCAACAUUGCAGUCAAUGAAGAGAGACUUCACACUCUCAAAAGCAUCUAGAUCAUCUACAGACAAGAACUAUUUUCGAAAUGAGUCUAUUAGGAAGGAAGGCACGACAAUAAUUAAUUCUGAAAAUCACAGUAUCCCAUUAAGUAAUGAGGUAAGGCACUUGUCAUAA